AUGUGGCUCCUUGGUUUCUCCACCAAAAAUCCAAAGAAUUUCUUGAUAAUUGGUGCCAUAUUGUUAGUAAUCCUUGUAACCCUUAUCCUGAGGUGGUUUGCCAUCUACCUUGAAGCACAGGCUAGUAAUCACUCCAUCAAAAGGUCCCAAAGAAAAGGUGAUAAACAGCAGCAGGAAGUAAUAAAGUGUUGCCCUGGUAUUAUAAGGACUUAUGCGCUAGAAGAGUUGAAGAUGGCAACAAAAGAUUUCAGAAUUAGAAUAGGUGUUGGAGCAACUUCUUUUGUAUACCUUGCAGAGCUCGGGGAUGGAAGAUUUGGUGCAGUAAAGAGAGUUAUGGAGGAUAGAGGUGGCAGCAAGAAAAUUUUCCUGGAUGAAGUUUCAGUUUUGCUGAGGAUUUCUCAUCCAAAUUUGGUGGGAAUGAUGGGUUUCUGCUUAGAGAAAAGAGAGCAACUUCUGCUGCUGGAGUAUGUCCCGAACAGGAGCCUUUUUGAUAGGAUGCACACAUACAGUGGUCAAUCUUCAGGAAUUCUGACAUGGUCCAACCGCUUAAACAUUGCCUUAGACAUUGCUAGAGCCCUUGACUACCUACACUCCCAAGCUGAUCCACCCAUCAUUCACAGAGAUGUAAAGUCCUCUAACAUUCUCUUAAUUGACGAUGAUAAUGCCAAACUAGCUGAUUUCGGGCUGUGCAAAUUGGGUUAUGACAAGCCUGGCUCACAAUCUCCUACAACCAUCAAAGGCUCAGUUGGUUAUGUUGAUACAACCUACCUCAGAACAGGCCUCGUUUCACCCAAGAGUGAUGUUUAUAGCUAUGGAGUACUAUUGCUUGAGCUCAUUACAGGACUAAAAUCAAUACAAGGAUCUGUUACACUUGCUGAAUGGACUGAAGAAUGCAGGAAGAAUGAUGAUAUCCAAGUUUUGGCUAAAAUUUUGGAUCCUAAACUUAGAGGAGAGGCAAAUCUAUUCCAACUCAGGGUGUUGAUAGAUGUAGCUAACGUAGCUGUAUUAGAGAAUUGUGAAGCCAGGCCAGAAAUGAACCAGAUUAUGGAUAGAAUUUUAAGUUGCAUGGAAACUCAAUCCCAUCAUCACCACUUGCCAGUAUAA